AAUAUAGAAGUACCUUUAAAAUGCGUUCAAGGCAGUUUAUGCAGUAAGCAAUGCUGUCUAUAUCAAAAUCGACUACAAACACUUAAUAUCAUAGUUAUCAAUUUACAAUUCUUUAUCUAAACGGUACUUGACAAUAAUGUAGAAAUGAUAUCUUACUUGCUACUACUCAUGUGCUAUUGCUAAUCGUGUUUUUAAAUGAAUUUGUGAAAAUGGUUACCGCAAAAAAAUACGUUUUAAGGCAACAUUACCACACGUGGCCAAAGACUUACGAGUUAAAACUAGUAGAAGAGGAGUUACCACCAUUAGAAGAUGGAGAAUUUUUAGUGGAGGCUGAAUAUUUGAGUGUGGACCCAUUUAUGAAGGCAUUUGAACCAAUUUCAAAAAUUGGUUCUACGUUUAUUGGAACGCAAGUGGCGAGAAUAACGGAAAGCAGAAAUAAAUAUUUUCCCGUUGGAAGAUAUGUGACCUCAUGUUUUGGUUGGAGGACGCAUACUAUUUCAAAUGGAAUCGACAAUGGAGAUUAUCCAGCUCCUGUGCUACUUCCUGAGUUGGGAAAGCUACCUGUUUCGCUAGGGGUGGGAAUUUUAGGCAUACCUGGGGUAACAGCGUAUUUUGGAAUACUCGAUAUAUGCCAGCCGAAAAAAGGAGAAACUAUGGUAAUAUCUGGAGCAAGUUCAACAGUUGGAACCAUAGCAGGACAAAUAGCUAAAAUAAAGGGUUGUACCGUUAUUGGUAUCACAGAAUCGGAUGAACAGGGUGAAUGGAUAACAAACGAACUUGGUUUUAAUUACUAUAUAAAUCAAAAGAAGGAUAAUUUACAACAACUUUUACAGAAAUAUGCGCCGAAUGGUGUCGACUGUUACUUUGACAAUGUCGGUGGUACAAUUAGUACUAGAGUAUUAAAUAAUAUGAACACCUUAGGAAGAGUAGCAGUGUGUGGUUUUCACCAAAAUUACAGCAACGAAGAUAGUAUGUUCAAUUUUAACAAAGCUCCCAUAGUACAGCCAUCGAUUGUAAGAAAGCAACUACGUAUUCAAGGAUAUUUAGUGAGCCGAUACACUGACUGGACAGACGCGAUUUACCAAAAUUUAAUGUGGGUUCAAGAAGGAUCACUCAAAUAUAAUGAAUUGAUAAUCGAAGGAUAUCACAAUAUGUUCAACGCCUUUCUCGAAAUGGCCAAAGAUUCAAAUACAUCUACAGUAAUUGUUAAAGUACCAAUUGGAAAAUAAUAAAAAACAUUCAGGAAAAUAAUAAUAAUUUCAAUAAAAAAAACUACACAUGAAAAA